AUGAUAACGGCAUAUGCACCUGCGGCGACCGGGCUCAUGGGCGGCACGAUGCGCCCCGAGCCUCAACGACACCCGCGAAACGCACGCACUCUCACAGGACGACAGCGCCUGACGAAGAAGGCGAGAGCGAUGGCCUCGCUUGGCUGGUCGCGGCACGACAGAACGCGGAAAUCCGUUACCUCCAAAUGGAUAAAGAAACAAGUACCGUGCAAGCCAGAUUGGAGAGAACUCAAUUAUACAUGUUUGUUCGGACCAUUCGACAGUUAUGAAAGCAGCAUCAAUUUUGAAAAACAAUGUACAGGGUACUCGUCACAAGACGAAGUGUUGUACGAACAAUACAAAAUACCAGAAAAGAGAAUUCGAAAAAAAAAUCCAAAGUAUGACACAGAUAGUGACCGAUCAUCUGAAGUUGAAGAUGAAAUACCACCAAGAAAAAAGACUAAAUAUGUAAAGUCUACAUUACAAGCGUUGCCAGCGAUGUCAGAGUUUGUACAUGUUGAUAAUAUACACGAUACCGAUAUUGCAUUCGAGAGAGAAACAAAUGUUCUUGUGGAUCCUAUAGACAUUACUUCGCCAAUAUUCAUCCAACUUACUGAGAUAAACUUAUUGUUUUCUUUUUUCCUCUUUGUUGUUUGUAUAUUCCUCAAUCACAAAUACAACAAACAAUAUGCGCAAAGAAGCGGAUACAAUAGGAUGUACGAAUUGUUGUUCUUGUAUAAAUAUGUAUUUAUUGCAAGUUUAAUACAGUUACAAAGGAAGAUGCAUAGAAAAUUAGAUAUGCUUAUACACACUUUACAGAUACAAUAUAAAAAUGAAAAUGUGAAUAUAAGUCCAACAAAGAAUGAAUUUUUACAAAUGGAAAGUGUUGAAGAAAUGAAAGAAUUUGAAAACAUACUUGUAAAUGAAAAAGAAAAACGAGAACAGUUUGUAAGUAUUAUUGACGUAUUAUCUAUAUAUGUUAAACUUAUGGAGAGUAGAAUGUUGUACAAUAUUUCUGUUAACAAUUUGAUACUAGGAAAAUGACAGAAUUUGAGCGAAUAGAAAGCGAUGACAGACUUUGCAAACAUACAUAAAAAAAGAUACAUAAAUCGAGUUAGUAAAACAAAUGGCAUACUGCUUAGAAUCUCCUAGUAACAAUAGGAAUCAACUCCCGAACGUUAUUCACUAUAUUAUUUCUCGUAAUACUAUCAGAUCGUGAAAUGCGGUAUACAAAGUGCCAAUACUACAUGUUGCAACUGAUUCUCAUUGUAACAAAAUUCUAAGUCGUAAGCCAUAUAUCUUAUACAAAGUCUAUAAAUAUAUAAUCCAUAUUUAUGCGUCUUCAUAAUCUGUCCCAGUGCUUCCCGCACAUUU